GGUACUUGUCUUGUGUUAGUGGUCACGUGUUGUUUUCGUUUUGUGGUUGCAUUCUUUAUUAUGGCUCAAGAAUCGAAUUCAAAGUUUCAACAUUCGGUUAAAGUACCUACGCAAUAUAGACGUUGUACUGCAUUAUUAAAAACUGCUUUAGCUCGUAACCAAAAAAUUUCUUUAAAAAGCUUAAUCUAUGAAGAGAAGCAUGCGAACAAACGUGGAAUGCAAGCGGUUCUAAAACAAUACGUAGAUAAUCGCGGUGCUAUUGAUAACGCAAUUGAAGAAACAAAAAUCAUUGAGGAGAAUCCACGCUUAUGUCCUGUAUUGUGUAAAAUCUUGGUUACAGAAUUGAUAUUCGGUCGCAAACAACUGAUUGGCGAAAGCAAACCUGUAACUACCGUGCGUGACUAUCACGAACGACUUUCGAGUUUUUUUAAAGAUAAAAACUUAGGAACGGAACGCAAAAAAGAUGUUAAACCUCGCUAUGUGCGCGUCAACACCAAUUUACUUGCCGUCAAUGAUGCCCAUGAAAUGUUGGCUAAUGAAGAAUGGGUUAAAAAAGAGCAUCCAACUUUUGAAUCUUAUAACGAUUAUCUUAAAGCCAUAUGCGAUCUGGAGGAAGCGGAAUAUUUAACUGAUAUGCAUAUAAGCAAUUUAUUCGUAUUUUGUGGUAAACAGAAACAUUAUUGGGCAUGCCAUGACUUCGUUCGCAGCAAGAAGUUCAUGCUACAAGAUAAGGCUACUUGCUUGGUAGCAGAAUUGCUUAAUCCCCCACCGGGGUCGGUGGUAUUAGAUAUGUGCGCUGCACCCGGUAUGAAAACUAUUCAUUUAUGUAAUAUGAUGGAAAACAAAGGUACAAUAUUCGCUAUAGAACAAGAUACCGACCGUUAUCGCGUUUUAAAUAAUAUGACGGAAGCCGCAGGCUGCCAAAUAGUGAAAACGAUAAAUGCAGAUGCGUUAAAGUGUGAUAGCACACGUUGCCCAGAUGUAGAAUAUAUACUAGUAGAUCCAUCGUGUUCUGGCUCAGGUAUGCAAAACCGUAUGUCAUUGGAAGCUGACGACAAAAACCCGGAUCGUCUUAAAAAAUUAGCAGGAUUACAAAUCAAAAUGCUUUCACAUGCCAUGAGUUUCUCAAAAGUGAAGCGUAUCGCUUAUUCCACCUGUUCCUUGUAUGCAGAGGAAAAUGAACAGGUAGUACAACGUUGCCUACAAAUUAAUCCACAAUUUAAAUUGCUUAGCGGUAAAAAAGCAUUACGGAAUAAGUGGCAAAACGUUGGUGAUGUGAAUUAUAAGAAUAUUGGCAAGAACUGCUUAUAUGCACUACCUGAGAAGGAUUUUACCGAUGGAAUAUUCAUUGCAAUAUUUGAGAAACGUAAAGAAGAAGACUAAAUAUGAAAUGAAUCGAAAUGUAUCUUAAGAUAAUUAGCGAAUUUAAUAAACUGUUAAUAGCUAUUGACUAUUAAAUAAACUGUUUACCUUGAUUACCAUAAAAUAAA